UGGACCACGGCGGCCCAUCUUCAUGCUAGAGAGAGAGAGAGAGAGAGAGUCAUUAUUAGCUCUUUAAAAUACUGGUAGUGUGAUGACACUAGUAGCAACCAAGACACAGUCGAGAGAUCGAGAGAUCGAGAGAGAGAGAGAGAAGGGGACUAGUAUAAAUUUUGGGCAGGUGUGGAUUGCCCAUUCGGUGGUGGCCUGGCCUCACAAGUCACAGGCGAGCCAAGCGGCCGGGGAGGAGAGAAGCAGGCUAGCUGUAGCUGGUAGUAGCAGCCUAGUGCAGGAGUGCUUGCCGCUGCUGCUCGCUCCUCCGAAAUUCUUGGCUAGGCUUCAGCUUCGUUCGCGCGCUCAGAGCCGAGCCGGCCAGCGCAGCAGCUAGCUCGCCUCCCGCUUCCCGCGCCGUGCGAGCGAAGCAACCGGGCCGCGGGCGGCGAGAGCGGGCGAUCGUCAGGCGAGCUCGAUCGGCGCCGAUCGCCGCGGCGCGCCGGGCGCGGCCGGCGGCGAUGGAGGAGCAGCUGAGCCCGGUGGCGGUGACGCACCUGCUGCAGCACACGCUGCGGAGUCUCUGCACCGGCGACGCGCCGCAGUGGGUCUACGCCGUCUUCUGGCGCAUCCUGCCCCGGAACUACCCGCCCCCCAAAUGGGAUCUCCCUGGCGCGGCGUACGACAGGACCCGAGGCAACAGGAGGAACUGGAUCCUGGCGUGGGAGGACGGGUUCUGCAACUUCGCGGCGGCGGCGGUGGCUGCCGCCCCCGCCGCGUGCGGCCAGGAGGGGGCGGCGGCGGCGGCGUACGCCGGGGACUGCGAGGCGGCGGCUGCUGCUUCGCAGGAGGCGGCGAAGCACCAGCACCAGCACCAGCCGCAGCCGCCGGGCCUGCAGCCGGAGCUCUUCUUCAAGAUGUCGCAUGACAUCUACAACUACGGCGAAGGGCUGAUAGGGAAAGUGGCGGCGGACCACAGCCACAAGUGGGUGUUCAAGGAGCCCCAGGAGCACGAGACCAACCCCAUCGCCUCAUGGAGCAACCCUGCCGACUCUCAUCCGAGGACGUGGGAGGCGCAGUUCCAGUCCGGAAUCCAGACCAUCGCCCUGAUCGCUGUCAGGGAGGGAGUCGUGCAGCUCGGCUCCAUGAAAAAGGUGGCGGAGGACCUGAGCUACGUCGUGAUGCUCCGCCGCAAGUUCGGGUACCUGGAGAGCAUCCCGGGGGUGCUGCUGCAGCACCCGUCGACCGCCGGCGUGUUCCCGGGCGGCGGCGGGGGGUGCGUGGGGCCGCCGCCGGUCGACGUCGCCCCCGCGGGGUGGCCGGGCCUGAUGAUGCCGCCGCCCGCCGCGGGGCCGCCGCUGGAGCUCUACGACCCCUACGGCGCCGCGGUGGCCGCCGCCGCAGGGCCGGCCGCCCCGUCCAUGCACAUCAUGCCAUCGAUGAGCAGCCUCGAGGCGCUGCUCUCCAAGCUGCCCUCCGUCGUGCCGGCCCCGCAGGCGCAGCCGCCGGCCGGCGGGGCCGCCGUGCCCGGCGUGGCGCCGCCGCCGGCUAACAAGGAGGUGGAGGAGGAUCAGGACGACUACGCGCAGUGCCACGGCAUGGACGUGGUGGCGAGCGGCGGCGGCGAGAGCACGAGCACGAGCGGCGCCGGCGCCGGCGCCGCUGCCACCACCCCGAUCCCGUCCUACUUCGUCAACGUGGGUAGCAGCAGUAGUAACCCCGGCGAGGGGUUUUAGGCAGCUCGAGCUACGGAGCUAGGUAGGCCGCCCUGGCUCUCAACCGCGCGCGCGCUCGCUCGCGUCUGUCGAUCUGUAGGCGACGGCGACGGCGUGGUGUGGUUGUGCUAAUCUCCUCCAUCUAGUGAUGUCAUUAAUCGUUGAUUACCACUAUAUGCUAAUACCACCGGCCAGUUAACCCAA